ACCUGCUGUUCCCCAGGGACUCAGCCUUGGUGCCCGUGUGGGGGCCACCUUAUGGAAAGUUUGCUUCCGGAGAGGCGGCUUGCUGCCGGUUUUGCCCCCCGAACCGCUGGCUGUGCCGUACAUCUGUGCAGCUGCUGAGACAGGCCGACAGGCCCUCAGCCCGACCUCCGGGAGGCGUUGGGGUGGCCCUGGGGGAGGUGACUGGCCGAGCGCACAGAGGAAGACUGGCAGAGCUGCGGACAUGCACGCUGACAUUUUGAACUCAGGGUCUCGCCGUCAGCCGUGUGCGUAGUGAGGGACCAGUGUCGUUUUCUGGUUAGCGAGGAUCCUCGGGGAUUGUUUGCGUUGACUGGUUCUUGGAAGAGCCGGCCGGCCAGAGCAGGGCAGAGUUAAGGAGCCGAGCCUGGCGGAGCUUGGACAUAGCGUUAUCUUUUACCGAUGCCGGUCUGUGUGUCCGUGGCUGUAAGCUGCCAGGGGGAGUUGGCUGAGGGCCUCCUCGCGGCGCUGUGUUUCAGUGAUGGGGCUGCUGACUCGGGUUUCUCCCGAACACGGUGAUCUGCGGUUCCGCUUGCCUUUUGGUAGUUUGCGUAGGCAGCUGGCAUUUCCGCCUUUCGUGAUUCCCUGGAAUGGUGGUGCUCUUCCAGGGAGUCCGUGUUGGUGGGUAUCUCCAGGGGUCAGCAGACUUCCUGUGGAGGGUCACACGGGCAUCCCCUGCUGCUUUCCCUGGUGCACGAGCAGGGAGCUGGGUCGGAAGUGGAGCAGCCGGGACUCAAACCGGUGCCCACGUGGGAUGCCGGCACUGCAGGCGGCGGCUUUACCCACUACGCCACAGCACCGGCCCUUCAAAUGAAUUUAAAGUUAAAGUUAUGCAUUGUGAACUCAAAAAAUAAGACACCCUAAUGUUAUAUGCGAAAGCCUCCCACAGAGGUGGUGAAUCAGGCUAUUCCAUGCAGUGCCCCCAAGGCAGUGGGUACUAAAGUAAGGUCCCAGAAUACACUCAGCAAAAUAAAUCGCUAAUAGGGUUCACAUGUACGGUGGUCGCAGGUCCUUGGUUUCCUUCAGCGAAAGGAUUCAACUGUACCUAGCAAAGUGAUUGCUGACAUCAGGGACUCUGUUUUUCACAAAGAGCGGCCCUGCCUCAGAUUCAACAGACUGUUCCCGUGUGGCUGGAGUUCACGAGUCAGCGGGAGUUAAGCACCGCGCACAGACGCUGCCGCCACAGGAGGGAAUGAAUUGCUCCUCUCCACACUUCUGAUUCUACUUGGCUAACGCCAGUUCUGGGUUGGCGUGUGCAGAAACGUGGGAGGAGGAUGCUUCCCUUCACCCGAUGCCGCUGUCUGAAGCACAUAGCUCGGGAGUGCUUGUCUGGUGUGCAAGUCAGAGCGGGGAAACACGCACGCCUGUGUCUUCCAAGAGCCCUGGGACUUGCAGAAUUUGGGAAGUCAUGGCAUUCCACACACACUCUCCUUGGAAACAAAAAUAUUGUCCUGAUGGGACCUCCGGGCGCUGGGAAGACAACCGUGGGCAGAAUCCUCGGGCAGAAGCUCGGGUGCUGUGUCAUAGACGUGGAUGACGACAUCCUGGAGAAAACCUGGAACAUGAGUGUGUCCGAGAAGCUGCGGGACGUGGGCAGUGAGCAGUUUCUAGAAGAGGAAGGGAAGGCUGUGCUGGGCCUCUCCGCGUGUGGAAGUGUGAUUUCGCUGACGGGCUCCAAUCCUAUGCAUGACGCCAGCAUGCGGCAUCUGAAGAAGAACGGGAUAGUUGUGUACCUGGACGUGCCUCUCCUCGACAUAAUUGGCCGUCUGAAGCGAAUGAAGGUGGACAGGAUUGUGGGUCAGCGUCCUGGAGCUCCUAUGAAAGACUUGCUUCAGAUGAGACGGCAGUACUACAAGAAGUGGUACGACGCCCGCGUGUUUUGUGAAAGCGGGGCGUCCCCAGAGGAGGUAGCCAACAAAGUGCUGAGCGCAGUCCAGCGGUACCAAGACGUGGACUCGGAAACCUUCAUUUCAACAAGGCACGUGGACCCCAGAGACGGUGAGCGCAAGGUGCCGGCGAAAUUCUUCAGUGAGGCCGUAGUGGAGGGCCUGGCGUCUGACGGCGGGCUCUUCGUGCCCGAGAAGGGACUCCCAGCGGUGAGCUGCGGGGAGUGGAAGAGCUUGGUAGGCGCGAGCUACGUGGAGAGAGCCCAGAUCCUCCUGGAGAGGUGUAUCCAUCCCGCAGACAUCCCCGCCGCCAGGCUAGGGGAGAUGAUCGAAGCCGCCUACGGGGAAAACUUUGCCUGCUCAAAAAUCGCCCCGGUCAGGCACCUGUCGGGCAACCAGUUCAUCCUGGAACUGUUCCACGGGCCCACCGGCUCCUUCAAGGACCUGUCUCUGCAGCUCCUGCCGCACCUUUUUGCCCACUGUAUCCCACCCAGCUGCAACUACAUGAUACUGGUGGCCACGUCCGGAGACACGGGGAGCGCAGUCUUAAAUGGCUUUAGUCGGCUUAGUAAGAAUGACCAACAGAGAAUAGGCGUGGUCACCUUUUUCCCCGAGAAUGGGGUCAGUGAUUUUCAAAAAGCACAAAUCGUUGGCAGCCAGCGGGAAAACGGGUGGGCGGCGGGCGUCCAGGCGGAUUUUGAUUUUUGCCAGACGGCCAUCAAAAGCAUGUUUAACGAUUCCGACUUCACUGGCUUUCUCACCGCGGAAUACGGAACCACCUUGAGCUCAGCGAAUUCCAUAAACUGGGGCCGACUGCUCCCCCAGGUCGUUUACCACGCCUCCGCGUACCUCGAUCUGGUAAGCCAAGGGUUCAUUACUUUCGGAAGCCCCGUCGAUGUGUGCAUCCCCACGGGCAAUUUUGGUAACAUGCUGGCAGCGGUCUAUGCCAAAAUGAUGGGGCUCCCUAUCCGGAAGUUCAUCUGUGCCUCCAACCAGAACCACGUUCUGACCGAUUUCAUCAAAACCGGACACUACGACCUGAGGGAGAGGAAGCUGGCGCCGACCUUCUCUCCAUCAAUAGACAUUCUCAAGUCCUCGAACCUGGAGCGCCACCUGCACCUGAUGGCUAACAAGGACGGGCCGCUGAUGGCAAAAUUAUUCCGUCAGCUAGAAAACCAGCACCACUUCCAGAUAGAAAGGAUGCUGGUGGAGAAGCUCCAGCAGGACUUUGUGGCCGACUGGUGCUCCGAGGCGGAGUGCCUGGCAGCCAUCAGCUCCACCUAUGACGCUUCCGGCUACAUCCUGGACCCGCACACCGCCGUCGCAAAGGUGGUCGCCGACAGACUGCAGGACAAAACUUGCCCGGUGAUCAUCUCGUCCACAGCCCAUUACUCCAAGUUCGCACCCGCUGUCAUGCGGGCGUUAAAGAUCCGAGAGAUCAACCAGACGUCAUCAAGCCAGCUGCAUUUGCUGGGCUCGUACAAUGCGUUACCCCCACCGCACGGGGCCCUGCUAGCCAGGACGAAGCAGCAGGAGAAGAUGGACUACCAGGUCUGUGCCGCUGACGUGGAUAUCCUCAAGAGCCACGUGGAGAAGAGAAUCCAGAAUCAAUUCGUGUGAAAGUUUUCUGAAUAGAACAGAAAUUGGUGCCACCCUCCCCCGCCCCAGUGAUAAGCGUUCAAUAAUAAAUCUCAAAAGUUGUUUUGAA